AAUCUCCAGGUCACCAGCACAAGAAAAGAUUUACUUCCCUCAACGAGGUCUAUCACAAACCACACGAAUCAACAUGUCAUCCGAUCAGGAAUACGCCAACUUUUUGGAAAAGGCCAACCAAGAUACCGGCAGCAGCAGCAACGAAGUCAAGAGCAGCGGUUUCGCGCAAACGAAAGCAGUGGAUUCCGCUGUCCCAGCACCGCUGAAAGAUGUGGAUGCUUUCUAUCAAAGCGACACCGAUGAGCCCUUCGAGCCUGUUGCGCUGAAGUAUGGCAAGAAGGAUUCCAUCAGUCAAGACAAAUUCGCUGAUCUGAUCAACCAUUCUGGAGAGGUGGAAGAGAUCAGUGUCAAGGACUGGAAUGUCAAGAACGUCUAUGCUGAGGUCGUUGAGGCUGUCAAGAAGGCUGGUAGUGGCAAAGCAGAUGUGCAGGUGUUCCGUGUCGCUCAUGGCAGCACUCGUUGCGAAUACUACAUUGUCACUCUCAAUGAUGAGGGCGUCGUUGUCGGUGUCAAGGCCAAGGCUGUUGAGAGCUAGAGUUUGGCUAUUUGGCUUCUUCAACAUCCUUUCUGUUUCCUGCCUACUUCUGCGUAGGUAAUUUUGAUACCCAUAUCCAAUCCACUUCAUCAUAGAAUGAGAGUGCCCAACGUCCGAAAUGAUAUCCUGAUUUAC